CGCGUUUCCUUCUCACAAACGGACACGACAGCCUCCGUUGGACCAAUUAACCGUCCUGCCUGUGCUCUGCCCCGCUGUGCGUAUUUUCCUGGGCGGCCUCUUCUCAGUUCACUCUGCCAGGAAAAAAGAGUCAGCGUCAGCGGGACCAACAGUAGGUCACCAGACGGACUCUGCCAACUUUGCAAUGGGGUCGUCUCGGACUCUAGUCUACUCCACCGCAGUUGUCUUGGUUUUACUAAGUUCUGCAACCACUGAUGAACAGCAUGAUGUCACCCUUGACUUUGAAUUCAUGCAAGAGAUUCAGAAACCAGAUUUGAGGGGGAUGCAGAGGCCGUUGGGGUACUUCUUGGAUGAGGGUCUACCAGAUUUUAAGCCCCGUUCCUUCUCUGGUCCUCCCGUGCUGGACUAUCCCGUUAAGUUCCCCCUCGGCCGACCAACCUCUGAGAAUCUCCAAGCCAUCUGUCUCGAUGGAGACCAUCGUCCCCGCUACCCAGACUCUUACUUUCCUAAAUCUGGUUUUGGCCAACAGAGGCGAAAGGCCAGUGCUGUCAAUAAGGCAGAGUCAUGGUUUAGUACAUGCUGUAAGAGGAACCAGACUUGGGAGAGAGACGUGGUGCUGUGUUGCGCCACACAGGCGUGGGAGCUGUCUAUUGAAUCCUUCUGUGAGGAGGACUCAAGCGUAAAGGAUCGUCUUUAUAGCUGCUGCAGUCUAAGAGGCAGUGACCGUCUAAACUGCUUCCACAACAACGCUCCAAACCCAAACUACAAGCCAACAGAGAUCCUGCCGGUGCCACCACUUCCCUUUACCGCCAACUUCAACUUUGACCCCAACACUUGUCAGAGGACACCUGUUCCCAAGAAAGUUGACAUCACCUUUCCUCCUGGACGACCUACUGCAAAUGCCAUUGAAUCACUGUGUGGCAACCAGAAGCUACGCCCCCUUUAUACUGUCAAGUGCCUGCCAGGUUUAGACUACGAAUGGCUGGCUCAUCAGGCAAAGGCCAUUAAUCGCAUAGAAAAAGCAUUCAAACAGUGCUGCAAAAAGAAACAGGGUGUGCUCAACUGUGCUGAUCAGAAGUGGCGUGAAGAGCUUAACAAGUUUUGCUUGGGCAAGAACGGCAAAGAGGAGGAUUUCCACUGUUGCAAGGGUGAGGGGGGAAAUGAACGAUACAACUGUUUCCAAAACGCUUCUCCCGACCCACAUUAUAAUAUGACCUCCGCCAAUGAAGAGCUCUCACUGCCUAAAAUCUGUAACACACACAAGAUGAUCAAGAACAAGUUCCCUGUUGGAUUUCCUCUCAAGAGCUUUGUGAACCAAUGCUGCUUGCCCAUAUCUGAACAAGACAAGAGCCUUUGUUUUGCGCAAAAGCUUGAGGAAAUUUCAGGGUCCCUGUGUUUGAAAAGAAAGUCUCCGCCAGCUGUCCACCACUGUUGCCACAUGCCUUCACAAGAGGCUCCACAGUGUAUCUCCAAAAUUCUCAUGGAUGCCAUCACCAAAGCAACCAAAGUCUUACGCCACAACAAGAAGAAAAAGUGCCCUUACGCCUAAACCCUGAACAGGACCAAUUAGAGGUCUGUAAGAAUAUUAAAAAUGUGGACCAAAUACUAGCUCCAUCUAGUGCAGGUGUUAUUUGCAUAGUUUGAUUUGAGACCACAUGAAAUGCAUACAUUUAUAAAGAAACACAAAUAUUUGCUUAAUUUGUAAAACAGACUGUUGCCUGUGUCACUUUACCACUAUUUUAUAGGCUGCUCUUUACAUAUUUGAUUAUGAAUGCAUUGUUUUUAUUCCUCUGGCACUACAAGAUCAGCUAUCUUCUUUAUAUAUGGUUUUGUGGUUAAGGUCAUAUCUACAUCAGCUGUAAUAAAAACUUUUUUAAAUGUA